GUUUUAAAAUGUGAAAUCCUCGGGAGCGGAACCAAAAGUACGGACCUAGUUAACACGGAAGAUUUAACGGUCGGACCAAGCAAGUGUGUUGGCUGUGUGCGGAGGUCAAGUGAAGCGUCUUCUACAUAAUCUACAUUCAGUGACGGAGAUACACAAUCAUGGUGCGGAAGAAACAGUUUCGGCCUAUUGCUGAGAUGGCUCGAAAAGUCCGGGCCUACAGGGAGCUCAAAUCCAGGCCACGGGAGUCGCAGAAAUAUGCUCUAGAUUAUGAUACUAUGACGCGACCUUUAACGGGAAAGAUGCUGCCCGUGUUAGCCUGGCGGGAUGUCCGGUUGGAGAGCCCUCUUUUCCCCCUGUUGGCAGGCAUGAGGUUUUUCGGAGUGGGCCGACUUUUCACCCGCAAGUCCUGGUUGGAGGACCACACUGAGCCCAGUUACUGGCAGAUUACAAAAGUCAAAGUUGACUACACGGCUGAAAACAUGGAUCAUGGUAAGGCCUGGGGGAUCCUCACCUACAAAGGUAAACAGGAGAGCGAGGUCAAAGAGGUGGACAAGAUUAUGUAUCAUGACUGGCGUCUGAUUCCUAAACAUAUGGAACAACAGUACAGGGACUUUAUACCCCUCCCUCAGCCACCGCCACGCUCUGUCCCAUACCCACCACUGCUGCGUGCUAUGCUGUUGGCGCAGUACAAGAAGACAACAGGCAAAGUACUGGCUGAGGAGCCAGCCUUACCUUUACACAGGCAGGUGCAGUUCAACAAAGACUACUUCAAAAAGCAGGAAGAAGAGAGACAGGCCAAGGAGGGGACCGCUGUGUGAUCUCUGAACUGUCAGAAGUCGUCAAGUGUACCGUGAGUUUACAACUCAAAUUCAUGGACUGGAAAACAUUGUCCGUAACUAUCAUGAUGUGUAAAAGUGUUAUCAUUGUUAUACGCUAAAAUUAAACCUGAAAAAUGGGGUUUUA